ACAAUAGCCGAUUACUUAGUAUUUAUAUUUUAUAAUAUUAUAUUGCGUCCAAUUUACGAUGUAUACUCAGGCUUUAGUAUGCGAUUUGGUGUCGAACCGUGCCUACCGCGUUUUGAUUUUGUUUUUAUAUGUCAUUUUGUGCACGUAUAAAAUAUCUACAUAUUUCUGAAGUGAAAACUAUGUCGGAAGCAAAAAAGAAAAAAAGACAAUACAGCGCGGAAUAUAUAAAAUACGGAUUUAUUCAAAGUCGGACAAAUCCAUCAUCGCCAAUGUGCCUCAUAUGUCAAAAAACAUUUUCAAAUGAAGCAAUGAAACCUUCUCGACUACUCGAUCAUUUUAAUAAAAUGCAUUCAGAUAUGAAAGACAAAGAUGUGACUUAUUUUCAAAAUAUGGAAAAAAAGUACGUAGCUCAACCUACUUUAUCAACACUUUUUUCUGCGGCUUCUAAACAAGACAAUGAUGGGCUUCGUGCGUCGUACAAUAUAUCAGUGUGA